AUGGUAACGCGCACGCGCAACAAAAGUAAAGCGAUAGACAUUCACAACCAUAAUCCUCCUCGCAUAGACAAAAUGAACAAGGUCGAUCCAGAAAUCCGCCAGUUUCUGGAUAUGGAAGCUCAAGUAGACGAAGGAGUCGAUUUGGAGGAAGAUGAAAGUGCGAGGGGAAGGUUCGUCGAAGAGGGACUCGGAGGACUAGUUUAUAUCAACAUCAAAUAA